AUGACGCGCGCGAAGGAGCGUCUGGUGACGUGGGAUAACGAUCGGCUCCGGAGGGAGGGGUACGCGCUUUUCGGUCUGUCCGCGAUGCGCGAAGGGGUGUUACAGAGGGACGUCGUCGUGCGGCUGUUGGUGCCGCGCGGGGGGGGCGACGGAAACGGCGGUCGAGGCGGCCCGCCGCUCGGCGCGGAGCUGCCGUUCCACCGGUUCGCGCAAGGGGACGUCGUGUCGCUCGUUGAAGGGUCCGAGCACGACGUCGCGGGCGCGAACAGCGUCCAGGGCGUCGUCGUCGAGCGCGCGAUGCACUUUCUGAAGAUCGCGAUCGACGAGGAGGACGAGCUCAAGGUGUUGAACGCGUCGAAGAUUCGCGUGGAUCUGAGCGCGAACACGAUCUCGCACGACCGCGCGCUCGCCGCGCUCGUCGCGUUCUCCGAGGCUGGGGGGAUGCCAGACUUCGCGAAGACGACCGCGGGGACGCGGCUGUCCACGACCGGGUACGCGCCGUUGCAGCGCGCGCUGAUCGGCAUCCCCGACGGCGGCGGGGACUUGGAGUCCAUCGCGUCGCCGCCGCCGCCGUGGGGCGCGAAAAACGCGACGCCGGGCGGGUUGAAGCCUCUCCUCGCGUCGAAGACGAGCGUCGGGUCUCUGAACCCGUCGCAGCGCGCGGCGGUGAACGCCGCGCUGUCGCGCACGCUCACGACGUGGCAAGGCCCGCCCGGGACGGGGAAGACGCGGACGCUGAUGGCGUUCAUCGAGUCCGUCGUCGCCGUCGCCGCCGCGCGGGGCGUCCUCAAACGCGGCGGCGACGACGACGGCAAAGCCGGCGGCGGGCCGGUCGUCCUCGCGUGCGCGGCGAGCAACGUCGCGGUGGACAACAUCGUCGAAGGGCUCGUGAGACCGCCGGGCGGCGGCAAGGGUAGCGGCGGGAUGCGCGUCGUCAGGCUGGGGUCGCCCGCGAAAGUCCAGCCGUGGCUUCUCGCGACGACGGUCCCUCGCUUUCAACGCUCGACCUCGAUGCGUUUCAACUCCAUCUGA